AUGUCUUCGCAAAGCUCCUCUCCAAAGUCCUCCGCCGAGCUCUACGGAACCUGUCCAAACUGCUGUGAAAAUCGCUUUCAUUAUUACUGGUGUCGCCAAUGCGAGUACUACGGGUAUCAAUCUGCAUAUCCCAACUGGACAAGUAAAAAUUCGUGCAUCGACUUAGUUAUUCAAAGUAUACAAGCGAAUUCGGGGUCGAUAUUUUCCUUUAUCGAGUGGAUUGAGUACGAUCAAUUCGAGAAUGUGGAGUACAUCGGCAAAGGUAGCUUUUCAACUGUCUUCAGGGCCACAUGGAAGGAAGGGCCAAGGGACGGUCCACCCAAGUUUGAGGAGGAAAAUUAUGACCACAGCAAUAACCGUGAAACAAAUGAGAGCCAAAUGCCCAAGUGGGAAAGAAGGGGACGUACAGCGGUUAUUUUAAAGUCGCUUUCAAAAUCACAAAAUAUCAAACCUAAAUUCUUCACCGAGCUACGAAUUUUAAGUCGUUACACCCCCGACCUGGAGUCCUACGAUACUCCUGGUCUACUACGCACCUAUGGCAUAACCCGUAAUCCUCAGAACCAAGAAUUCAUGUUGGUCCUGCAAUACGCCGAACAAAACUCCCUCUACGAAUACCUCGCUACCCAAUCCUAUGCCUCCACUCGCAACACCUUUUCUCUCCUACGCUCUAUUGCCGAUGGUCUCUUUGCUAUUCACAAAUCCGGGCUGGUCCAUGGAAAUCUCCACGGCGGUAACGUUCUUGUCGAUGCCUUCAAUUGCGCAUACAUUGGUGACGCUGGCGUUUCGAAACCCGCUGAUCCGCUAAUAUCACACAUGCCCGAGAAAUACCGUGAGAUUAUCUCGUGGUGUCUGGACGCGUUACCGGCAAAUCGACCUAGCAUCGAUGAACUGUUGAUGGAAAUUAGUGAACUGGAGAAACCUGACCAAAAUGUGAAAACCAGGAAAUUUGUAAAUAGCCACGAUGAUAUGAACGGGAAGAAAAGUGCGUGGAAUGAGAAGGUGCGAAGGGCACUAUAUAAGGAACGGCAGAGGAUGAGGCCAAACUUAAAGGCAAAGUAUUUCAGCAGGUUCAUAUCGUUCCUUGAUAACGCGAAUGGUGUAAAUGACAUGAUGAGCGAGCUAAAAAACUCGAAUAUCGAGUUGGCAGAAUCCCGAGAUUACAUUAUGAAUAAAGUCCACGAGGUAUCAAAGUAUGGGUGCGUCACGGAUAGUAUCACUCUAAUGGAUGAUGAUUUUAGAAAACUGGUUCUAUUGGGCGACAUGAAACAAAAGUACUGUAUACUGUAG